AUGGCAUCGAUAACAGAACAGUUUAAUGUUAUCAUUAGUACAUACUCCACAAAAUUAGAACACUCAUCCUUGAGGCAAGAUUCGCCGGAAUACCAAGAAUUAUUGCUUUCUACGAUUAAAAAAUUAUUGAACCUACGGACCUCGGUUUUUGAUAAAUUAGCGUUAUUUAGUGUCAAUGAGACCAUUGAUGAUGUAUCUACUACUUCCAUCAAAUUCUUGGCAGUUGAUUACUAUCUAGGUCUGUUGAUAUCAAGGCGACAGUCGAACGAUUCAAAUGUUACUCAAAAACAGUCUAUGAAAUUGAUUUACCUAAAAAAAAGCAUUGAAUCAUCCGUUAACUUCUUAACAAUUUUACAGGAUUAUAAAAUUCUAAAUCCUUUAAUUGGCGAAAAACUAGGAUACUUCAAGGAUCGUUAUGAACCACAACUGAGCGAAUUGUAUGCGCAACCAAAGAAUGAUAAAGAUUUAUCUGCGGCACAGUUGAAAAGAGAAGAGAAGAUCAAAUUAUUUCAGCGCAAUAAAGAAAUUGACGCAAAGUUGCAUCAUUUAGAGUCGAAUCUUAAAAAUGAUGACGAGGAUCACGAUCAUGAUGAGCUGCUAAGAGAGUUAUAUUUGAUGAGGCUAGAACAAUUUAGUCUUAAUACAUUCAAUAACAUAGAACAAAAUUUAUAUGAGUGUGAAAUGCUCUCUAAUUUUCUCAAGAGUACUGCACAUCAAAAUAAAUCAUCAAGUGCUCGAAUUCAAAAGGAGUCAAGUGCCAGUGAUUCCACUGAUUUCACAGACAAAUUAGAAAGUAUUAAUAAACCGUUGAUAGACAAGAAAGGCCAAGUUCUGAGGAACUUCACUCUUGUCGACAAGAGGCAACAGCUGCAGCAAAAAGUGCGCGGAUACGGUCAAUAUGGACCAACAAUGUCUGUGGAAGAGUUUCUAGAUAAAGAGUUUGAAGAUGGUCGAGUCCUUCAAGGUGGUGAAGAACCAGAACAAGCUCCGGAUGAAGAAAACAUGGCCUGGCAAGAUAAAGAAACCUACAAAGCUCGUGAGUGGGACGAAUUCAAGGAAAGUCAUUCAAAAGGAAGCGGAAAUACCAUGAAUAGAGGAUAG